UCUCUGAUCCAUGCUUUCUACUGUGUGUUUCUGUGGCACAAGUGAGGGUGCAAGCGGUUUAAAGAAACAGUGGAAAUAUAAUUAGUGAUUGAAGUUUAGAUUUAAUAUCUUUGUCUUCAUAUUUACCCCAAUGGGAAAAGUGAAACAAAACAAACGUAAACGGAAGAAUAAGAACCCUACAGGUCUGCCAAGCGUGAAAGACAUACAAAAUGAAGAAGCCGAACUCAGUGCUAAGAGCUUGGCUAAUGUGUACAGAGGAAAAAAUGCUAUUAAAGCCGUUAUUGAACAGCUACAGGGAAGCACAGAAGACAAAAUAUUUGGCCUGAGCUCUAUUGCAUCCGUAUUUGAUAAACAUCCGGAAAUGGUUGUUCAAAAUCGAAUAAUAAGGAUAGCAGCUCCAUUGCUGCUUGACAAUGAUCCAGUUGUAAGACAUGCUGCAGCAGGUGCAUUAAGGAAUCUUAGUGCUUGUGGAGAUCCUGACUUGUGUGACUUACUAGUUCAGCAGGAUAUAAUGACAUCACUUAGUGCCUUAAUUCAGAAGUAUGCAGAUGAUUGGCAGGAGUGCGGCGACAAGAAAAUUGUAUCAGAGUACACAGAUACUUUCAUUCAGGCAGUACAUCUCCUGCUUAACCUGUGUGAAAAUAACACAACUGCUUUAAUGUACCUCAAUGAAGACAAUAUUAAAAUACUUGCCAGAUGUUUGGAUGUUCAAAAAUAUGGAAUUGAAACUGCUGUUGCUGUUGCACAAUGUUUGCACACAAUAACAGAAAACAAUCCAAUUGCAAUAAAGGUUCUACAAAAUAUGGAAACAACUUGGCACAGCUUGCUGGAACUAGAAGGAAAAGAGACAGAAUUUCUCUUGUUUAGAGUGCUUAUCUGUGGUCUGGCUUUAAACAUCAGAGCAAAGAUUUCUACAGCUCGGAUCCUUGCUGUUCUGGGAUCUGUGUUGGAAGUAGAUCACUGCCAAGUGCUGGACACCUUGGCAACCUCACUUGCUCAGAGUAAAGAUGAUGACAAAGUGAUAGAAGACACUGAAAAACUGAAGGAGCAGGAGAAACUUAUAGCAGAUACACAGACGUUGUUUGAAGGGCAGCAGACAUGUCUGGAAAUUUUGACAAAUAUUUGCUCUGAUGAUGAUGAUGAAGAUAGUACAAUGGAGAUUGACUCUUCCGAAACAAGUGAUAAUAUUUUGAGUGACUCGAGUAUCCCAGAUGAUGAACCUCCAUCUUAUGAAACAUCUGUUGUGACUUUGUCUGCAGAGGUUCAUGAAGCAGUAGUGCACCAACAGUUGGUGCAAAAAGUCUGGAUGAAAAUUGCUUUCCCACCUGAAAAUGUAUGUAAAUUACUGCAAGAAAACACUGAAACUUUGAAUAUUUACAACAGAGCCAAAGUGGUGAGGUGCCGAGCACUUCUAUGUUUAAAUAAUCUUCUGACCUGCCUUGAUGUAUCAGAUUUUGAAGGUGAAAAAGGUCUUUACAAAAUGUGGGUAGACAUUGCAACACUCAGAGAAGAUUCCAAUGACACUACAUUGAUGGAAGCUGUAACAGCUGCUAUGCGAGCAAUCCUUCAAAAAUCUGCACCACUUGCACCCAGUUGUUUUAAGGAUAUGACCCAGUCAGAUUUGAAGGUAUUGCUUGAAUGGACACAGCAGUGCUCCGAUCCAAGUGCUCGGGCAAACCUCUUAAAGAUCAGUGGAAUACUAGGAAUGAUGAAGGGAGACAGUUCAACAUUGAAGGUUGUUGGAAAUUUUUUACUUGAUACAGCUAGCAAAGAAACUGAACUCUGGGUCACAGCAGAAACAUUGGAUACAAUCAUGGAUGUUUUUGCUGAGGAUGAAACAGAUUUGGCAGCUGCUGAAAUAUCGUUAGUAGACAGACUGAAAGGCUUAGUGCCGGGUCUAAAGCAUAAGGUGCGCUCAAAGAAGAAGUCUUUGGGUGAACACUACAUCACUGUUACUACUGUGUGUACAAAUUUAAAUCGUUUCAUUCAGUACAAAGGAAAGAGAGUUGCUUUGAUUAAACAAAGCAAUGGGCAUUCUUAAUGCCACAAUUCCAUUUUGUAAAGCUUAUUAUUGUUGCAGUUAAGUCAGAUAAUCUAGUUUUGUAAUAUCAGUAGAAAAAUACUGACAAUAUUUUAUUUUAAAAAAUUUUACUUGUUGAAAUGUAAAUGUUAUGUAAAAGGUGUAUUAAUUUUGACUGUGAUGCAACUGAUAUUUUAAUUUUGAAUGAAAUAAAUUCCUGUCUAUAUGCUAAAAAUUUUGAAAAACAAGACAUUUGAUGUAUUAAUCAACUUUGUAUUGCUGUGGCAUCAGUCAUUGCCUUGAUUGGAAGCAUUUAUUGCCCCCUCUCCCACCUGUCCUGUUUUAUUUUUUAUAAAAUAAAAGACUCAGCUGCAGAAAUGUUUCACCUAAAUAUAUUGCUUAAUUUUAUACCACUAAA